AUGCUCAAGAGAAUGGCCCAAGCACUCAGGUUCUAUGAUGUUGGACUCAACCUAACCGACCCUAUGUACCAGGGUAUCUACCAUGGGAAAAAAUACCAUGAAUGUGAUAUCAAGCAAGUACUGAAACGUGCGCAGCUUGCUCGGGUCGAGACGAUGCUGCUGACGGGAUCAUCACUGCACGAAUCUCGUGAGGCCAUUCGCCUCUCUAGCGAAUAUUCUUCAGAUGCUACCAAGCUGUACUAUACUCUAGGCGUUCAUCCUUGUUGUGUCAACGAAUUUGUGCUCAGUGAAACGAGAUCAACUAUCGACAAUCCAACCAACGAUGAAACCUUCAAUGCGAAACUGCAAGUGACCGACCUAAAUUUUACCAAAUCGAAGCUUCGUGAAUUAUAUAGUUUGAUUGCUGAUAGACAUACAGAUGACACCAAAUUUCGCGCUAUCGGAGAAAUAGGUCUGGAUUAUGACAGAUUUUAUUACUCUUCCAGAGAGAUGCAAUUGCUGUUCUUCGAGGAACAAUUGAAAUUGAGCUGCUUUUUCCCUGAAAUUCCCCUGUUUCUACACAUGCGAAACUGCGCUGCAGAUUUCUUGUCAGUUAUGCGCAAGUUUGUGGAUGGCCAUAAAGACCUAGAAGAUCGUUUCGGUUGGAAAGAAAUCAUAGCUCGAGGUGCAUCAGUCGAUUAUAUGCCGACCAUUGAUUCACAAGGUGCCGUCGUCUACAAGUUUUCACCAGGCAGAAAAUUUCUGGUUCAUUCCUUCACUGGCUCGCUUCAAGAUAUGAACGACCUUUUGGCGUUGUCUCCUAAUUCCUUUAUUGGCAUGAAUGGAUGCUCACUGAAGACUAUGGAAAACAUUGAAUGCGCUUCCAAGGUGCCCCUAGAUAGACUUCAUUUAGAGACGGACGCCCCAUGGUGUGACAUCAGAAGAACUCACGAGUCGUAUCAGUAUUUGUUCUCAAAUGCAUCCCAGUGCAAUCUUGCGAAAGACGAUCCAUGGCAACAUGGUCUCUCUACUGCUUAUCCGGAUCUACCACAGUGGUUCAAGUCAGUCAAACGUGAUAAGCUUGCUCGCAAGUCCGAUGAUGAAUUGGAACAAGCGAUGGUAAAAUGCAGAAAUGAGCCCUGCACCAUGGGCCAUGUUGCAACCGUGAUCGCCAAUGUCAAAGGUCUAACUGUCGAAGAAGUCGCAUCUGCAGUGUGGAAUAACACUUGUUCAGUUUACGGCAAAUAA